AUGCCGACCGCGCUGCAUCCUCAGGCAAAAUUCGAUCCCAUCCCUCCAGAUCUCGAUCUUCACGGCCUCGUCGAGAGGACGCCGAAUUUUCAUUGGGUCUUGCGCGUCCCUGCUGCCCAGAUCAGAAAGCUGGGUCCGCAGGAGUUUGAGAGACUCGUAUAUUUGCACGUUGUUCGCGGUGGAAAACCGCUCGUAAUUGAGAAAUGGAAUGACUGGCUUCCCAAGUCUCUCUUCAGCGCGCGGUGGCUGGAGGCGACAUACAAUAAGAAACCCGAAAUUGUUCGCGACAUCGUCGCACAAGCAGACAUCCCCAUGACUAUGGGUCACUAUCUCCGAUCGAUGAAACAGCUUGCGAACCAGUGGACUCCGCAUAACUUUCGCGAUGAGCGCCGUCAACGACUGUACCUCAAGGACAUCGACUGUCCUCCCGAGUGGGCAGCUCACCUCGCGACAAUCAUCCCGCCCAACCUUUGGUACCUCAAUGAGAAUGUGGACGAGCGACCGGGGAAAGCGCGCAACGAUGACUUGAAUCUGUUCCCUUCCGGCCUAUCUCCCGCACCGGCGGGUGACUUGAUGAGCAGCCUGCCAGAAGAGAUGCGCGCCCAGAACUUGAUGUGUUACAUCGGUCACGAGGGUACAUACACUCCGGCGCACCGUGAAAUGUGUGGCAGCUUAGGUCAUAAUAUUAUGGUUGAUGCAUCUGGCGAUGAGAACGGCGAGAAGCCCGGCAGCUCCAUCUGGUUCAUGACGGAAACGAAGGAUCGCGAAGUUGUGCGCGAGUAUUUUCUGUCCAUGCUUGGCCACGACAUCGAGAUCGAAAAGCACUUUGCGCAGAUAAACGCCUGGAAGAAGGCGACGUUCCCGGUUUACAUCGUCGAGCAGAAAGUUGGCGACUUCAUUUUGAUCCCUCCUCUUGCGGCCCACCAGGUCUGGAACCGCGGUACCAGGACAAUGAAGGUAGCAUGGAACCGGACGACCGUCGAGACCCUGCAGAACGCUCUCCAUGAAGCGCUACCCAAGGCCCGACUUGUUUGCCGUGACGAACAAUACAAGAACAAGGCCAUUAUUUACUACACUUUGGACAAGUACUACAAGAUCAUGACAGAGGCGGAGAAGACCGCCGACAUUGGCUUCCUUGGGUUUGCACAAGACUUGAUUAAGAGCUCGACACGUAUGAAGCAGCUUGCGUCCGACUUCAAAGCGCUUUUCAAGCUCUACACUGAGAUCCUCGUCGACGAAAUGUUCGCGACCCGGGAGAAGGAGGUUGAGUACAUCCCAUACGACUCUAACAUCACUUGCUCUUACUGCCGAGCCAACAUUUUCAACCGCUUCCUGACCUGCAAGAACUGCAUACGGACGCUGGUCACUGGAGACGAGGAUACCUACGAUAUUUGCAUGGAGUGUUAUAUCAUGGGUCGGUCGUGCUUCUGCGUCUCCAACCUGACCUGGUGCGAGCAGUGGCGCUGGUCCGAGCUUGUGGACAAGUACGAAACCUGGCGUGCGCUCAUCAUCAAGAACGAUGGCUACAUCAGCUUCGACAGCUCUCCUCUCCCCUUGGAGUUGGAGAGGAAGCGGACUGGCAAGAAGUCUGCUGCUCAGAUUUGCCAGGAACAACUUCGCAAGCGGCCUUUCAACGACAUCACCAAGGUCAAGCAGAUGCCCGAUCACGAAGGAUCAGAGAUUGAGGUCGACGAGAAUGGUCGGCGCAUCAAGAAGAAGGGCAGAAAGAAGAAAAAGGGAAAUGUCUAUCGCUGCCACGUUUGCGCUCACAAGGACUACACCUACAAGCUUGCUUUCUGCACCAACGAGGGCUGUACCGAUGCCUAUUGCUAUGGCGUGCUCUACAGAGCAUUUGACCUGAUGCCCCAAGACGUGAUGCAAAACGAGAGGUGGCAGUGUCCCAAGUGCCUCGAGAUCUGCAAUUGUGGUUCUUGCCGGAGGGCAGGCAACGGCACUCCUUACAUUCCCAAGUCAACGUUCAUCGGCCACGACACUCGUCGCAUCGCAGAUGACCGCAGUGUCGAAUCGCUCGUUGACUUUCGUGUCCACAAUCUCUCUUGGCUGAAGAUCGGCGGUGAUGAGGGCCGAAGUGUGUCCAGCAAGCGCAUGCAGCGACUGCUACAGGCUGCCGAAGCUGAAAAGGCCAAGCACGUCGAGCUGGUUGGCGAUGGAUUAACCAACGGCGUGAUCGCUCAGACUUUAACUGCCGCCUUGCAACAAUCCGCUGCUAAUGGCUGCAGCGCCCAGGGCAAGAAUGCUGAGCCUGACGUUGCGCCUAUGGGAGUAUAUCCUGCUCCUGGUGUUGAAAGCAUCAGAGAGCAUGCCCGUCCUGUGGUAGUCGCGGGCGCGUCUAUCCGCGGCGAUGAGUCAUCGUACCCUGAUCCAACAAUUCUCGGCCGUAAGCGCAUGCUUGGUAUGGGCUACUACGAGCAAGAUGACAGCCCAGACAAGAUUCUCUUUGAUCCUUACCAGGCACCAACAACCGAGAGUCUGGUUAUCAACGACGAACCCAAGAUGUCAGAGUACCUCAAAAAGCAGCUGCGUCUUGCAAAGCGCAGGGCUCAUCAAGAGGAAGAUGGUGAUCCUGAUUUCCGGGCGUCUCGUUCUCAUUACAGGAAGAAGCCCAAGCUCGAUGAUAAUCAGCCGGUUCAGCGUGAUCACCAAGAAAUUGCGCUGAGCAACAUGGACCCAGCUUUGUUCAAUGCUUACACUACCAUAACUGAGGCUCCCACUAACGGAGAGCAGCGAGCCCUUCCUCCAGAAACGGCACCCCAACGGACAGCAGAGCCCUCUAUCGAGCCGCUAGCGUCGGCAGCACCUCGUGAAGAGUCUCUGCAUAGGCCGGUUCUUCGACAUGCACGGUCGAAGAUGUCGUACGCGGAGCAAAACAACGCCGAGGACGACAUCGACGAGGUCAUCAAUCCGCGCUUGCAGAAGCCGCCAGAAAGUAUCACGUACUUUAAUGGGGACGAUGCUGAGAAAGAUCCUCUUGAUGUGGCAGCCGCUGCUGUCCGGUCUAUGGCCGCGCCUACAGCUGCUGCUGCACCUGUUGUACCUCCGACUCCCAACAUUCCAACGACAACAGGCACGGGCAGGAAGAGAGGUCGGCCGCGCAAGUCGGAGGCUGCACCGCCGCAGCUUGAGCCUCAGCGAGAGCCUACUCCUCAGCCAGAGCCAGGGAGAGAGCAGAAGAGGGAAGGGUCGCAACCAGAGCAGCCGAGGCGCCGUCGUGGAAGGCCACCUAAGGCUCGGCCAUCGACUAGCGCCCCUCCGGAAAGUGAGAAAGAACCCGAGGAUGACAUCGACGCCCAACUGGCGAGGCCACUCGAUGCCUUCAACGACAACGGGGAGGCCAUCGCCCAAGAAGCAGAACAGGCCCUGACGGAGGAAGUUCGUGUCGCACCCGAACCCCCCAGGAGACGCGGCCGUCCUCCGCGCAACCCUCAACCAAAACCCCAGCCUCAGCCCUCACCACCGCCAGCGAGACGAACGGAGUUUAUGAUCGAACUCCCCUCGCAACCGCUCAUGUCCAUAACCGAACGGAUGCGCAUGAGGGGCAAGAAGGUCAAGAUUGUCGGGCGUAAGAGCACCAGCCAGGGCUCUGCAGCUCCCGUAUCAUCGAAAUCGGCUACCCCCGCAAGGGAAAGCAUCCACCGUGAAACUGGGUCCGCCCGGUCUUCCGUAGCACGUGAGACCCCUCCUCGUCGGCGUACCACUGAGGAGAUAGAUAAGGACUUUGAUCCGACCGCCGAAGAGGAGGCCGCCUCAACCGACCGGCGUGCCUUCACACGGGCGACGGCUCCCCGCUCUACCAGCAUAUCGGCAUCCCUUUCCCGCUCAUGCUCCCACAGCCUCCCGGCAUUGGCAGCAAUUGAACCUUCGGCUUCUGCCUCCGAAGAAUCCCAAUCCGAAUCCCGCUCCCGUUCCCCGCACCCACUCCCUCGCGUUCCCUUCGGUCUGACCAUAAUAAGGCUCGGCGACGACUCGGAUGACGAGGAAGAUGGCAGCUACCAGGCUUGUGACAGCCGUGACCAGGAGAGCGGGUCGGAGUAUGGCGCAGGCAGAGGCAGACUUGAUGCCGCUGCAGCAACACAGGAGCCAGUGUCGGAGUACGAGUCGUCGGACGAUGAGGAUGAGGAUAUCCCGGCGAGAAAGUUGACUGCAUCUGUUAAUGGCAGAGGCAGUGGACACAGAGGUUGGGGUGGUGCUAGAGGUGGGGGGAGAGGGAGAGGAAGACGGGACAGGGGACGGGGGAGGAAGAGCAAUUAA